AUGGACUUUUUAAAGAUCACAAAGGUUGAAAAUGUUACUCUUGAAAGAGGACAGGUUACUACAGUUGGUACUCUCCAUUUGACAACGCACCAAACGAUUUUUAUACAACCGGAUCAUAAAGACGAAAUAUGGAUCCCUUAUCCAAUUAUUCAUACUGUCGAACGUCGUUCGUGCACUACGGACUCUAAAUUAUGGCCUUUAAUUAUUCGGUGUCGUGAUUUUAAAAUUUACUCAUUUUUCAUACAACUCGAACAAGACUCGAUGGAUGUUUUUGAUACAAUACAAAAGUUAACAUGUAUCGAAUCCAUUAGUCAGGUAUAUGCUUUCGAUUAUAAACCUGAAAAAGAAUUCUCAUCUUCGGAUG